UAUUAAUUAGUGAAAUCUUGCGCCACCAAAUAGCCCGUGUGCAUGUCUAUCCAGCUCCGAUGCCUUAGCCUCUUCCUACCUCUGGGCUCUGCUGGGAAUACUUGAAACAUUGUCUCAAUCUCAUCAGCUGUUAUUAUAGUUAAGAAAACCAUGAUUCAGAGGAGUGCCUGCGUGUUUCUUCGACUUCUCAGCCGCGCUCCAACCCCACCAAGUUCUUGUACAUCGAAGGCUAGAGCUGGCUAUUACGGGACUCAAGCUACGUCGUCCCUGCGGGAGGCCUGCGAAUCGUCUAACUACAGUCGGACAGACGAUGAGUAUGCAGACGUGGAGUGGGACAAUUUGGGCUUUGGUUUAGUGCAAACUGAUUAUAUGUAUAUGAUGAUGUGUGGAAGAGAUGAGGAGUUCAAGCAAGGGCAGCUUAGCCGUUAUGGGAACAUUGAGUUGAGCCCUUCUGCUGGAGUUUUGAACUAUGGUCAGGGAUUGUUUGAAGGCACAAAGGCUUUCAGAAGAGAAGAUGGAGGUCUCUUUCUAUUCCGUCCGCAAGAAAAUGCAAUCCGCAUGCAAAUUGGCGCCCAGAGAAUGUGCAUGCCUUGCCCUUCUGCUGAACAAUUCCUUGAUGCUGUUAAGCAAACUGCUCUUGCCAACCGGCGCUGGAUUCCUCCCCCGGGAAAAGGGUCUCUGUAUAUCAGGCCUCUACUCAUGGGAAGUGGACCUGUACUGGGUUUGGCACCUGCUUCUGAGUACACAUUUUUAGUGUAUGCUUCCCCAGUUGGAAAUUAUUUUAAGGAAGGGAUAGAUGCCCUGAACUUGUAUGUUGAAGAUGAGUUUCAUCGUGCCGCUCGUGGUGGUGCUGGAGGUGUGAAGAGCAUUACCAACUAUGCACCGGUCUUGAAAGCCAUAGCUAGAGCAAGGGACAGAGGCUUCUCCGAUGUCUUGUACCUGGAUUCAGUAAAUAAAAGAAACAUUGAAGAGGUCUCAUCUUGUAAUGUCUUCAUCGUGAAGGGCAACAUUCUUUCAACUCCUGCAACCAACGGUACUAUUCUUGCAGGAGUUACACGUAAAAGCAUCAUUGAUAUUGCACAUGAUCUGGGUUAUGAGGUUGAGGAGCGUUCUAUUUCGAUCGAAGAAUUAAUCAAUGCUGAUGAAGUAUUCUGCACUGGAACUGCAGUUGGUGUUGCUCCAGUAGGAAGUAUUACAUACAAGGGUAACAGGAUCGAAUAUAAGACAAGCACUCAACUCGUGUCCCAGAAGCUGUAUUCAAGACUUACAGGGAUCCAAAGAGGCAUCGUCAAGGACGAUCGGGGAUGGGUCGUAGAAAUUGAUUGAUGGAGCUCUCUAUCCUGCUCUUAGAACUAUGGUCAGUUGUCUUCCUACUGGUAAAUAUGUAGUAACUGUAGAUAUAGUGCUUGGAUUAUACAUAAACCCAUUCAUCAGCUUCUGCGAUGUGUUGUCCAUGCCAAGAACUUUUGUUAUUGUAAGAAAGGAAGAUUAUUUUUGUGUGUUUUAUUGAAUGACCAACUACUUAUA